AUGGCUACCAUCGACCGCUCAUAUCUCCAGGCCUUGGGAUCAUCAGUUACCACCGCCUCCUCCAUAACUGAUGUAAACCAUCUCUCCUCGUACAACUGGAUCGAAGCGGCAGAGCCCACCAUCGCUGUGCCUGGAAGCCCGCCUUCAUGGGCGCCUCCAAAGACUCCCCAGAAAGUUCCGCAAGAUUCCGGGUUUGUGUACAUCGACCAGAAUGCCGCCAGACACCCGGAUAGUCCUCUCGAGCCACUAUUUCGAUCCCUCUUCCACGCGAAUCCGACCUUUGACAUCUCCUCCGUCGACGUCAUCACAGAUCGAAAUAACAUCCGGAAGUUGCUAUACUUCGUGAACCCAAAGCUGAACAACUUCUGCCCCCAGCCAUUUACAAUUAAGGCUGAGGUUGUUGGGAAAACCAUCAUCUUUUCUCGCGACGAAAAUGCGACUUACGAGAUCAUCAAGCCCGGCCAGUUUCGGGGGUUUGGCCACAACUUCGCGAAGUGGAAUACGUGCUCUGAGAGUUCUCUAAGCACUGGCCAUCACAGAAUCAUCUCGUAUUCCUUUGGCGGGUUGAAGUUCGUCGUGCGACAUGAAACGGAUGGCUACGUCAAGACACUUCGCUCUCCUGACGCCAGUCCAUGCAAGACACAGGACGAGACAUCGAUCUUUUGUUCACCCCAUUUGGGGACCCAAGCUAUCUAUGUGCCAUGCCGGCGAGGCGAGGAGGUGCCGAUUGAAUCUACCCUGGAAAUUAAAACUCGUGCCAUGACGAGGCGUCUUGAGAUCUCAGAUGUCGCCGCCCAGCUGUGGAUUUCUCAGACACCUAUGCUUGUCCGAGCCUACCAUAACAGAGGCACCUUUCAGGCACCACAGGUUGAAGAUAUCACUGCUGAGAUCAAGGCCUGGGAGUCUGAUCAUGAGGGGGACCUCAAUAAGCUCGGCGGGCUGAUCCAGAAAGUCGUGUCGACAGCCAAAGAAUGUGCCGGAAGCGUCACCAUCAAGUAUGACGCAUCUCGAGAUGAACUGAAGAUCGAAAAGGCAGCUGCUACACCGAUUCUGCCCGAAGACUUGUACUUUUACUGGGAUAGCAAAAAGACAAGCACAACUCAGCAUGCUCGAACCGGCGACGAGUCUACUCCGCAUGCAAAUGGAAGUCAACUGAAGGGUCUUGAAGACGUGCGUUUUUCUAAUGUCAUCAAAACCAGUCUGUACGAAGCAUUUCGCAAGGUUCUUGACAACAUGUCGAAGGACCUAGCUGACUAUCAACGGAUCUGCGAGUCCAUGAAGCACCUCGGAAUCGACGCAUUGCAGGGCCGCCAAAUCCACGACCUGAUGAGUGGUAUUAGGAAAGGGGAGGGCUAUUAUGAUUCCGAGGAACAUCUGACAUCCAGUUCCGAGAGCGCCCGAGAUUCAGCUUUCAGGCUCCUCCUUGACGGGGCUGUUUUAGAUGAUGACGGGGCGUAUGAGGCGACCUUAUUUGUGGUUUCGAACUCUAGCAUCUUCCCACGCGAAACUCGGAAGAUGGUCCUGGCCGCUUAUAAAUCGUCCCAGUUUGUGGCCUCGAGAUCGAAACUGCGACGAAAGGCCUUGGAGAUGUCGUUUGGCCUGCUGGGUUGA